AGGAGUGGUAGUGUUUUCAUAGGAAAAGGAAAAUAAUAAUAUUGAGCCUGGUGUAUUAACUAUGUCUACUUCAACUCGUCCACCUUCACAGGGUUUGCCCUCCGGAGCACGUAAUGCCCAAGGUCUCUCUGAUGCGAUCCCAUUUGUGCGCGAAGUACGCAGUGUUAAAAUCCCACAUCACCGUUUCCCGCCUCUCAGGAAGAUGUGGAUGGAAGUUUACACUCCAAUCGUCGAGCACUGUAGACUGGAAAUUCGAAUGAAUCUUAAGACACGGUGCGUUGAUUUGAGAACAUCACCAUCGACUGGUGAGGGAGGUGAUAAUCAAAACGCUUCUAACAGCAAGGUUCUGCUGCAAAAAGCGGAGGACUUUGUUAAGGCAGUGGUUGCUGGCUUCGAAGUGAAGGACGCAGUUGCGUUGCUGCGUAUGGACGAUGUCUAUAUAGAAGGAUUUGAGAUUAAGGAUGUGCGUGCUAACCUACAGGGGGACAACUUGUCGCGGUGCAUUGGGCGGCUGAGUGGUUCACACGGGAAAACGAAGUAUACCAUAGAGAAUGUAACACGUACCCGUAUUGUGAUUGCAGACACAAAAAUAUGGAUUAUGGGUACAACACAGAAUAUUCGUGUUGCACGUGAUGCGCUUUGUGAUUUGAUUCGUGGUAGCCCAGCAGCUAAGGUGUACACACGAAUUCGUUCCGUCAUGAAUCGUGUCAACAAUGCGUUUUGAAAUUAUUUCGUGAGUUCAUACAUUCUCAAUGCCCUAUAGCGUACUUUCGACACACCAAUCUAGCCCCUUUUCCUAUGUGGCAUAUGCCUAGCUUUUAAUCUCAGGCCACCAAAAGUAACGCAGUGAAGUAUAUAUGGCUAACGAGAAGAUUAACUUCAUUAAAUAUGCACUAACUAAAUGCAUAUAAUACAUCAA